AUGUCCCGUUUUUUCGCUGGUGGAGUCUCAGACUCAGACUACUCCUCAUCUGAGGAAGAAUUGCUCAGUUCCUCUGAAGAAGAAGAAGAAUUAAGAUCUGAAAGUGAAGAUGAAGAAGCUGAAGAAUCCGAUGAUUCAGCUUUUGCAAAUGAUAGUGAUGAUUCUGAUUCUGAUGAAGAUACACCAUCAGGUCCAGCUUAUUUCUUGAAAAGCAAGUUCACAAAAGGUGCAGCAAGUGAUGAUGAUUCAUCUGAUGAAGAAGAUGGUAAAAAAGUUGUGAAGAGUGCUAAAGAUAAAUUACUUGAUGAAAUCAGAAGCGCCAUCAACACCAUUGAUACCUCUAAAGAAGACAAUGAUUGGAUAGUGGUUUUAUCAGAAUUUGACAAAUUGAACCGUUUAUUGAUCCGUGCUCAACAACAAAACUUGUCCACUCCAAACAUUUACAUCAAGACUAUUGCUCAAUUGGAUGAAACAAUUCAAGAUACUCAACAAGAUAAGAAGAAAUUAAACGCUAGUGUUUCAAAAGCUUUCAACACUGUGAGACAAAGAGUUAAAAAAGCUGUCCGUGAAAAUAGUUCAUUAGUUGAUUCCUUCAGAGAAAACCCAGAAGCUUUUGAAAAAGAAGCUCCAAUCACAGAAACCCCAUCAAAAGCAUCCACUCCAGUUCCAGGUGAAGGUUUCAGUACUGUUGGUAAAAGUGGUAAAACUACUGAAAGUACUUCAUUCUUCAAAACUUUACGUUCAGUUGCUGAAUCAAGAGGUAAAAAGAAUGUUGAUUCUCGUGAACAAGUUAAAACUUUAGAAACUUUAGCGGAAGAAGCUUCAACUCCAUAUCAAGCCAUUAUUGUAUACUUGAUGUUGAUUCCUUAUAGAUUUGAUGGCUCAGCAAACUUAUCAUACUUAUCAAUUGAUCAAUGGAAAUUAGCUGCUAAAGAUAUCAACAAUUUAUUCAAAAUCUUGGAAGAUAACAAAUCUCAAUAUCGUGUCACUGAAACUGCUGAAGCUUCAGAUGAUAUUGAAGUUGAACCAACUCCAAAUAGUGAAGGUGUUCGUGAAGUUGUAGGUUCAGUUGUUUCAUUUGUUGAAAGAUUAGAUGAUGAAUUCACUCGUUCAUUACAAGUUAUUGAUCCACACACCACUGAAUAUAUUGAUCGUUUAAAAGAUGAACAAGAAUUAUACACUACAAUCAUCCGUGCUCAACUAUAUUCUGAAUUCAUCAUCCCAGAAUCUGAAAUUGUUUCAGCUAAAGGUGAUCAAAUUGCUAGAGUUGUUUCAAGAAGAAUUGAUCAUAUUUAUUUCAAACCAUCUGGUUUAAUAAAACAAAGUGAAGCUACUGCUUGGGAAUCAUUAAAACCAACAGCACAAACAUCAUACAUUGCUCCAUACACUGAAGAAGAAUCAUACAUUGAUACAUUAUUAGAUUCAUUAGCUUCAAUCUUAUACAGACAAACAAAUGCCGUUUAUCGUAAACGUGCUAUGUUAUCUCAUAUCUAUUUUUAUGCAUUCAAUAAUAAAUAUUUCAAAGCUAGAGAUAUGUUUUUGAUUUCUCAUUUACAAUCAUCAAUUCACACUUCUGAUCCAUCAGUUCAAAUAUUAUUCAACAGAGCUUUGGUUCAACUUGGUUUAUGUGCUUUUAGAAAUGGUUUAAUUUCUGAAGCUCAUCAAACUUUACAAGAAAUUGCCACUUCAACACGUCAUAAAGAAUUAUUAGGUCAAGGUGCUCAAAGAUAUAGUAAUCAAAACACAGUUGCUGAUAAACAACGUUUAUUACCUUUCCACACACAUAUAAAUUUGGAAUUACUUGAAACUGUAUUUUUAACAAGUUCUUUAUUAAUUGAAAUCCCACAAUAUGCACAAUUAGGUACAUCUGUUGAUGCUAAAAAGAGAUUACAAACCAAAUCAUUCCGUCGUACAUUAGAAUACCAUGAAAAACAAACUUUCCAAGGUCCACCAGAAAACACAAGAGAUUAUGUUAUGACUGCUGCUAAACAAUUACAAGCUGGUAAUUGGAAAAAAGCUUCAGAAUUAUUAAAUUCAAUUAAAAUUUGGAAUUUAUUCCCAGAAUCUGAUAAGAUUAGAGAAUUAAUCAAAGAAAAAUUACAAGUUGAAGGUUUAAGAACUUAUAUUUUCCAAUUCAAAUCAUUCUAUUCAAAACUUUCAAUUGUUAAAUUAUCACAAAUUUUCGAAUUAUCAGAAAGUAAAGUUUCAGCUGUUUUAUCUAAAAUGAUCUUCAAUGAAGAAAUUUCAGCUGGUUUAGAUCAAGUUUCCAAAUCUGUUGUUUUCACUAAAGGUGUUGAAUUAACUAGAUUACAAGAAUUGGCAUUAGAUUUAGCUGAUAGAGCUUCAUCAUUAUCUGAUCGUAACGAACGUUUAGCUGGUGGUCAUCAACAACAACAAGGUUAUCACCACGGUGGUAAUAAUGCUGGUAAAGAUCAACAUAAUAAUGCUCAUCAUCACAAACGUAAUCAAAACUUUAAAUUUGCUCCUGUUACUGGUGCUCUAUCAAGUGCUCCAGGUUCUAUUUCAGGUGCUUUGAAUGGUAUGGACAAAAGAAAUAAUCAAAGAGGGAAAUCUACCCGUGCUUGA